GGCAUUCUCAUGCCUCCUCCCUCCACUGCCUGAGAAUAUUACUUCGCUUCACCAGACGCAGGAGCACACACCUCUGACUUAACAAGAUUAUUCUUCAAGCCUGCUGGAAAAAAUGGAGACGAUGGCUUAUUUGACCGAGAUCAGGCUGAGCGGAGGUCGAGGGUCCUGGAGCGGAGUUGCUCCCUCAUCCUGCCCUGAGGUGGACCUGGAGGUAAUCGAGGAGUACCUGCAGGAGCACUCACUGGAGGUCCAGCCUGCACACACACCUGCUUCACCUCCAACCGCUGUGGGGCAACAUGCACACUUCCACCAGGGCACCAGGAUCAUAGAGAACAGCUGGUCAGGUCAGCAUCCGUAUGAGUGGCACUGUUGUUCUCACACUCCAAAGGAGGAGUAUGAAGAGCAAGCCCUGCCUCCAGCCUGGCCUAGUCCCCAUGACAACCAGUGGGACCACGUUGCGUAUUCCUACAAGGUGCCUGCGUAUAUCGACUCAGACUCGCUGUCCAGUAGCUCCCAGUGCCAGGAGUACCAAGACUCCCCGUCACCAUCGUCUGACAGUGGAGGCAUGAGGGAAGGAGACUCCCUGCCUCUUGUCCCUCUUUUAGGAAAGAGGAAGGAGCGUUUGUUCCAGUUUCUGUUUGAGAUGCUCCAGACUCCAUCGAUGCGAAGCUGCAUCUGGUGGGUCCAGUCCUCCUCUGGAACAUUCCAGUUCUCCUCCCAGAACAAGGAGCGUCUGGCACAGCUGUGGGGCCGGCGCAAGGGCAAUCGCAAGACCAUGACGUACCAGAAGAUGGCACGGGCACUAAGGAACUACAACCGCACCGGUGAGAUACAGAAGGUAAAGCGGAAGCUCACAUACCGCUUUGAUGAGAAGACGCUGAGAGGCCUACAAGGAGACUUUAAUACAGUGUAGGAAGCAUGAUGAAGAGUGUAUAUAAAUAUUGAAAUAGAAUGAGCACAAGGAAUAUUUGGAUGAUUGACCCAUUUGUGUCUUUUCUGCUGAUUCUACUUCUAUGGCAUGUAGAAACAAAUGAAUACUGAGUAUUUGUAAAGCCAGCGGAUGCUACUCUGCGGGUCAGAAAAAAUAUGUAAACCUAAAAGGUUAUCACAUAAUAUCUACUUUAUAAGUAGAACUUAAAUUGUUCUUAAAGUUAAAGGUGUGGUUUUCUGUUUUUUUGUGAUUCUGUAUUGCAGAUAUUCAGUCAACGCUAGAUAAUUAACAAAAUUAGGUUGUGUAAACAUGAUCUUUUUGUGUCAAAACAAUUUUUUUUUAAGAUGAAAUAAAUUAAAGUAUUAUCAGAAUACCCGAUACAUUUUGUCUGUCUACCCAUCAGCUAAAUAUCUGUGUGAUCAAAGAUGUACUGUGUGGUGCAUAUCAGCCAAGCAAACAAAGAAGUGCUUUCAAACUGAAGCAAACACACACACACACAAAAUUGUAUGCAAAAUUAGCGUAUAUUAAAACAGCUGGUCCAACAACAGACCUGUUAAUCAGUAACAUCUACAAAGUCCCCUGACACACAUGGAGAAGUUGCCAAACUAAAGCAAUUUUAUUUUCAUAGUCAAAUGGGGCCAAACACACACACACACACACACACACACACACACACACACACACACGCUGAAAACACAGUGACAUGGGGGCUAAUUACAUAAUGAUCAACACACAUGGGCUUUCAUUCCUGACUGUGCAGAAUAGCCUGUGCUACAGAGCUUUUUUUUUACGGAUAAUUGUCACAAACUUCUGGUGUUUAAUAAUGACAAUGUUUUAGCUCUAUUGAAUUGUUGAUCGUCAGCUGUUUCACCACCCUCAGUGGUAAAAGCUUGUCUACCUAUUGAUGUGCAUUUUGU